AUGGCGGACGAUGUCACCGCCGCGGCACAAGAGUUAGAGCGCGGGUCAGAGAUCGUGGAGGCGAGUGGGUGGGGGUGGGAGCACUUCGGGAUCCGGGCGGUGGGCGGCGAGGGACACCUGUACGCCCGGCAGGCACUCGAUUUCGAAGAUGACACCCACAGAAGAGGCUUUAAGUUCAUGAUACAAGUUACGGACAGGGGUCGAGGCGGAUGGGGCGACAGCCGACACACGGACAACGCCUGGGUCUCUGUCACGCUAAGGGACGUGAACGACAACCCGCCCAUUUUCCACCGCCCGCACGCCCACAUCACGGUCAGGGAGGACACAGCCCCGGGCACGCUGCUGGCGACCUUGCCCGCGAGAGACCCUGAUAUGGGCGGCGAGCAGCGGGUCGAGUACCGCGUCGAGGGCGCCUGGGGCUCCCUGGCCGUGGACUCCGAGGGCGGCGUGAGUCUGUGGCGCCGCCUGGACCGCGAGACGCCCGACGGCGCCGUGGCCAUCGCCCGGAUCGUGGGCGUGGAUGCCGGGACGCCCCCGCUCUCCGCCACCGCCACCCUCACCAUCACCGUGACGGACGUGAACGACUGCCCGCCCCACCUGCUGCCGCCCACGACCUUCCACGUGGCGGAGAGCGGCCCGCCCACGCUCCUCGGCACCCUCACCGCCUCCGACAGGGACGUGUGGGCGUUGGGACACGGGCCGCCCUUCAGCCUCAGCCUCGCCAGCGCCAACCCGCCCUUCGUGCACGCCCAUGUCAGGCUGGAUUUCGACCCACACCUGGACAGCGGACGGGGCGGCGCCGAGAUCUGGACCACGAGACCUGUGGACCGCGAGGAGUAUAAAGAACUCAAGGUCCUCGUGAAAGUCGCUGAUGCCGGGGGAGUGUCAGACACCCACGCCCUCACGCUCGUGAUCGACGACCUCAACGAUAACCCGAUGAGACCCGCUUCGAAGACGGUGUAUUUGUGGAAGACCGAGCAGGGCGGGGGAUCGGAGGCCCCCCUGGGUCGUGUGUACGUGGACGACCCUGACGACUGGGACGUGGGGGACAAGUCGUUUCGGUGGGUCGGCGCCCCCCACCCCCUCUUCUCUCUCAGCCAGCACACGGGGGAUAUCUUCGCCUCGACGCAAGUUAGAGGGGGACAAUACGACCUGCAGUUCUCCGUGAGCGACCAUCUGUGGGGCCAGCGAGGAGUGAGUGCCAACGUAACCGUGGUCGUGAGGAUCCUUCCCCUGGACGCCCUGGCACACGCGACGCCCCUCAGAUUGCUGAAUACCACGCCCGAGGACCUCACGCGAGGCUGGACGCCCAUGGUAUGGUGUAAAGCUCUGUCUCAGGUCAUGGCGUGGAUAUUUACCCUGAAGAGAACUGCCGCGGGUGUUGGGUCGCGGUCAUGUUGCCGAGGAUCUCUUGUGUUUAGUCUACGAGGUGAAGAUUUGUUCUACCUAACGGGGAACGGCCAGGGCGUGCUAGGGCGUCUGGUGAGGGGCGUGGCGGGCGCUGUGGGCGGGGAAGCGAGUCGAGUCGAAGUCGUGAGCGUCUACGGGCGCCUCCCCGCCCCCGGCCAGCCCAAACCCUUCAGCUUCUCCGACGUGUCUUCGAGGACGCCUCCUUCAGCGCCUUCGUCAGGUCGCCCAUCCGCCCUGCAGCGCCCACCGCUCGCGCCCUCGGCCUGUGUCUGGCUCAGCGUGAGGGAGGAGGGCGGCGCCUACAUGGACCCCAUCAAACUUCAGGGUUUGCUGGAACUUCACUCGAGGAAGCUAACCGAGGCGACGAAGCUGACUGUGGUGAUGGACGAAUGUGGUCAAGCGUCUGGCACUUGGCCCUCUGGCAGCCCCUUCUACGGGCCCUCCCUGCCUCACCUCCUGCAGGAUCAGAUCAGGGACCCCUCCUCGGCGGCCUCCCUUCCCUCCACUUCCCUCCCUCUGCAGAUCAUAUUGGAUAUACCACCAGAUCUCCAGUCUUGUCGCAUAUCUUCUUACACGCCUACGGUAGCAAAUUCUCUCGAUAACAUAUACUCACAACAUAAUAAAAAAACAAAAAACCUCCGUCCUCAGUACCUUCACACAGGACAAAAUCCCAUAAGAGCACAUUCCGAUCGUCUUUUGUUUUCAAUCCUCUUUCGGAAGGUAGUAGACGUCAACGCCACGUCCCUGGUCACUCCCCGCCUGUCCACGUCGCACAACUGCCACACGCACGAGCCGGAGCACUGCCUCUCGAACACCUGUCUCAACGGAGGCAGGUGCGUCAGGUUUCCGACGGGGAAUAGGUGCGUCUGCCCGGGCGGCUCCCAAAGCCCGCGCUGCAAGGUGGCCGCCCGCACCUUCUCGGGCGCGGGGUGGGCGUGGGUGCGGGCGCCGCCCUCGUGCCUCCCCGCCCGCAUCUCCCUCCGCCUCCUGAUCCGCCGCCCCGCCGGCCUCGUGUUCUACUCUGGCCCGAUGGCGCCCACGCCGCGGGGCCCCGACGCCCCGCCCACGCCCCUCCUGGCGCUGCAGCUGUGGCAGGGGCGCCCGCAGCUCCUGCUGGAGGGGCGGGGCGGCCCGCUCAAGGUGGAGCUCAACACGACGCUCCACAACGGCCACUGGCACACCAUCCACAUUCAGCUCCACUCCAAGGGCGUGGCGCUGAUGCUGAACCUGUGUGGGCGGGGCUGGCAGGAGGCUGGCCACGACGAGAGCCACUGCCUGGCGCGGGCCGACUGGAGGGACACGGAAGCGGCGGCGGCGACCUGGCCCUGGUUUGGCCACGGGAUCCUGCAGCUGGGCGGCAUGGCGCACGCCCCCCCCCUCCCCGACGACCACGGGUGGGCCACGGCGCCCAUGUCGCGCCCACUCGACGGCUGCAUCUCCCACCUGCGGUUCAACGGCCAGCUGGUUGACCUCGGUGAGCCGGCCGUCAGCGAGGGCAGCGUGGGCGGAUGCCGGCCCCAGGAGGAGGCGUGUCGGGGCGCCGUCCCCGGGUGCGGGCGGCGCGGGCGCUGCGUGGGCGGCCUGGAGCAGCCCGAGUGCGAGUGCGAGCCCGGCUGGUCCGGCCUCGGCUGCACGACGCCCACGGCGCCCGCGACGCUCGGGCGGGCGUCGUACGUGAAGGUGGCGCUGUCGUUCACGCCGGCACCGCACGUGCUGACGCUGCAGCUGCGGCUGCGGACGCGCGGCGCGAAGGACGGCCUGCUGGUCCUCGUCAACACGCACCACGAGGACGUCGGGCUGGCGUUGCACCUGCGCGCGGGCGUGGUGUGCUCCUCGGUGCGCGGCGGCGGGCGUGAGGAGAGGGCGGCGUGCGUGGAAGGGCGUCCGGUGAGCGAUGGGGCGUGGCACACGGUGUGGGCGGAGCGACAUGGCCACAACCUCCUGGUGGGCGUGGACGACGGAGACGGCUGGCGGAGGAACGAGUCCCUGCCGGUGCUGGAGGGCGUGGCGGAGGGGGGCGGGGCGUGGGGUCCUCCGCCGCCCCUCCACGUGGACAAGAACGAAGGGAUCACGGUGGGCGGGCGGCCUGAAUUCGCGGGCGUGAACCUCGUUACUGUAAGGGACGACCUACAAGAUGCUUGUAUCGAAGACCUCAGACUCUCCGGCCGCCCCCUCCCUCUACCCCCCGUUAACAACAGCACAACUUGGGGCCAAGUUACAACGUUGCAACACAUGAAGUCAGAUUGCACAGCCCCCGACGCCUGUCUCAACACCACCUGUGCUGUUCCUCUCACAUGCACCUCGACUUGGGGGCAGGCCACUUGUAGCUGCGGUCCGGGGCGAGAGCUAGCGGGCCGGACCUGCAAAGACAUAGACGAGUGUCUGUGGCAGCCCUGUCUCCAUGGGGGGUCCUGUUAUAACAUGCGGCCCGGUUUCCUGUGUGUAUGCGGCCCUAGUCACUCAGGACAUUACUGUCAGUGGACCAACUUGGGUUCUACAGCAUAUUCUCUCACGGGAACACUGGCUAUCGUCACUCUCACUCUGUCGCUCAUUCUCGUGGUCGUGAUCAGCGUCAUCGUCUCAAUCCGCGCUCGGCGACUUUGGCUUGCUCGCUCGAGAGAAAAACGAACACAGGAAGUAGGUGAAGGUGAAGAGGAACCUUCCAUCCUGCAGGUGAAAGGGGGAACAGAAGAAGGAGGAGGAGGAGGAGGAGGAGGAGAGAAGCAGAAGAAAGAAGAUCAGCAACAGGCGUUCUUGGAAUGUCUCAAGAUCAGGUUGCCUUUCGGACAACCUGAUCUGCGGAAGGAAGGUGGAGCUUCUUCCGUGCUUCUACCUGGAGGAGUUGCGAUUAUCACCCCUAAUCCCAUCCUACCGAGGGACGAUCUCCGCGCCUACGCCUAUGAGGGGGAUGGGUCAUCGUCCGGAUCCCUGUCUUCGGCUACGUCUUCGGGUCAGCGCGGCGACGAGGCGAGCAUCACGAAACUAGUGCCGGCUUUCUUGGACGUAAUGGACCUCCUGAAGAACCUUCCCGACGCCACGAAAUCCCCGGCGUUACAGACGUCACACACUCUCCCGGGGUCGCGGCCUGUCAGGUCGAUCCUGAAGAAGACGGAGAAGGGGCAAGGACCCUCCCCAGGACACCCUCACGCCCUAGCGCCCAGCAUCUCGCCCGGACACGUAUCCUCAGUGGUUGCCCAAGGUCCUCGCCCUCCUGCUGACUACAAGAGGCCCUGCACGGAGAGCCACCAGGACUGCCCAGGAUGCGUGAGUGUUCCUCUUCAACUGUCCCCGGGGCGCGUUUCGGACCCCCUGCCGCCAGCAGGAGACUACCACGUCUUGCUAGAAAGGCCCUCGUCUCCUGCUGAAAAAUGCGGUGCCUCUUUUCCUAGUGAAAUGGCGCUGCUUCGUCUCCUGCUGAAAAGGCGUUGCCUCGACUCCUGACACCUCGCUCAAGUAAGACCGUUUCUAAAGACAAAAAGAUAGGAAAGAAGAAGAACAAGAACAAGAAGAAAUGGUAGAAAAAAGGAAAAGAAAAACAACAACAAAAUGUGUUCUCUUGACGUACGUUUUAAAUGUGUAAAUAUCUAUUGUGAUUUUCAUACUGGUGUACAUAAUGUAUAUACUAUUAUACACAGGGAAGAGUUAAGAACAAUUUUUACAUGGUUUGUAUUGUGUCUGUACAAAUUUUAAUUGAAGUAGAUAGGAACAUAGAAUAAGUCAACGUCUGGAACAAAUGUUUGAUUCCAUAAUUUUGAUUCCUCACUUCUUACGAUGUAUUAAAAAACAAACGAACAAAAAACUCUUGUAAUGUGAUUAUAUGAAAAAAAAAUUCUUUAACAAAAA